ACCCGAACUAUCAAUCUAUAUAAAGUUUAAAAAGAUCUCUGCUGAAUAUAUAUUUUUUACAAUUUUCUUAUAUUUUGCUACCAAUUACAAGCAUGUCUCAAGCGGAGUCAGAAACCUAUUUGAUAAAAUCCAUUCUUAUUCUAAAGGGUAAGGAGGAGGGAGCACCAACAGCCGAUGGAGGCGGAGAUGAGGCUGCAAGGCCCAAGAAACGGGUGACCUUUAACCGGGUCGUGGAGUACUACACCUACUCGGAGAACCUGACCAGCUGGAGAAGACGGCUCUUGCCCGACACCGAUUUGCACCACGGCCUGCCCCAGGACCAAGAGACUUGCUUCGCCAAAGAGCAGAAGCCAAAUUUAUGACUCGUCCGCCAUUUAUACAGAAAGGGCCAGCGGAAGUUGUAAACCGAACGUGACACUUUUAACCUAAUUGGGAGCAAAUAAACUAGUGUCCUUGUGGACUGUCAUUCGAGCUUAGUGGGACUGUCAUUCGAGCUUAAUGCACUUCCUAUGGGCUGGGCGGAGAGGAAAUUGAGUCCACGGACCAGCGGGCUAUUCCAUGAUUUGUAUUAAUAUAUAUAUUAAACGUAGUAUUCUAUAUUAAAUUGUCAUUACUUUGUUACGUGUA